AACAAUUUCUCCAAAAAGAGAGGUUGAACUUGUUUUGCGCCUUUGGUUGAACUCAAAAUUUCCCCAUCAAAUUCUCUGGUUUUUUCUUGCUUUACCCCAAUUUUCCUCCCUCCAACCAAUACCAAUUUCUAAAAAAUCAUAAAGAAAAGUUAGUCAAUUAAUUAACAAUUAAAUUACAAUUAUUUUGCUAAUCAUCAGCUAAAUUUGGUUUCUGGGUUUUUUUUGAAAUUCAAUUUCUUUUGGGGUUUUGAUAUUUAUUUAUUUAAUUCUUUUUUAGCCCUUUUUCAUCAUUGUAUUUGGAAUUUGGUUGUAAAUUUUUCUGGGUAAUUUUUAUUUAAUCUUUUCGAUCAAUUAUUUAGAGAUUAUUGUUGCUGGAAGAAGCUGGUAUUUUGUUUAGAUAGAUGUUUCAUUAAGGUUUAUAUUUUUUGUGGUGAAGAAAGGGUUUUGUUGUUAUGGGUACAGAAAUUGAAGAAAAUCAACAACUUUCAGUGGAACAAUCUGAGAAACAAGAACAGCUAGACGCAAAAUAUUCAAGUGAACAUUUGGAAUCCCCUAAUGGAAUAGAGGAAAAUGCAAAAUCUAUGGAAGACUCAUCAUCCCCACAAGUGUUAGUUAACACAACUGGGUCACCUGUAGCAGUUGUUGAGGAUUCGGGUUUUCCUUCUGAUGGAAUCAUUGGGUCAAAUGGUACAUUGAAUGGACAUUUGGAUAAUCACUUGGAAUCAGAUGAUGUGGGACUUGCUGAAAAAGACCAUCAAAUUAUUUCUGAUGGAGAUGGUGGCACGAAGAUCAAGGCUGCGGUUGGAAGCGGAGAUCCUGUUAGCACCUCCAAUCUUACUGCUGAGUACGACUUGGAUAGGAUCCUUAUUGAUACGGCUGCACCUUUUGAAUCCGUAAAAGAAGCAGUUUCUAAGUUUGGAGGCAUUGUUGACUGGAAGGCUCAUAAAGCCCAAACUGUGGAGAGGCGAAAAAUCAUUGAACAAGAACUUGCGAAGGUGCAGCAGGAGAUCCCUGUAUACAAAGAACAGUCUGAGAUGGCAGAAAAAUCGAAGAAUCAAAUACUGAAGGAUUUGGAAAAUACCAAGAGACUUAUUGAAGAAUUAAAGUUGAAUCUUGAAAGAGCACAAACGGAGGAGCGUCAGGCUAAACAAGAUUCUGAGCUGGCUCAGCUCAGAGUUGAAGAGAUGGAACAGGGGAUUGCCCAUGAGGUCAGUGUGGUGGCCAAGCAACAGCUCGAGGUAGCUAAAGCUCGUCAUGACGCUGCAAUUUCCGAUUUGAAAUCUGUUAAGGAAGAGCUGCGGUUGCUGCGAAUGGAACACGCUUCUUUAUUGACCGAGAAAGAAGAUGCUGCGAAGAAAGCCGAAGAGGCUAUCUCGGCAUCCAAGGUUCUCGAAAAGACGGUGGAGGAACUAACAAUCGAGCUGAUUUCUACCAAGGAAGCUCUAGAGUCUGCACACACUGCUCAUCUGGAAGCGGAGGAACAAAGGAUCGGAGCAGCUAUGGCCAAGGAGCAAGAUUGUCUUAACUGGGAUAAGGAGUUGAAGCAGGCAGAAGAGGAAUUGGAAAAAUUGAACAAGCAAAUUGAAUCGGCUAAGGUACUGAAAACAAAAUUGGACUCGGCAUCUAUGUUACUUUCUGACUUGAAAGCUGAAUUAGCGGCAUAUAUGGAGUCGAAAAUUAGUGAAGAAAUCAGUGGGAAUGAUACUAUGUUAGCGCAUGCGGGCAAAACUCAUGCGGAUAUGGAAGCGGAAGUUUCUAAUGCGAAUAAGGAACUUGAAGAAGUGAAGCUCAAUGUUGAAAAAGCAACCGAUGAAGUAACUUGCUUAAAGGUGGCGGCUACAUCAUUGAAGGUUGAGCUUGAGAAGGAAAAAUCGGAACUUUCGAGCCUAAGGCAGAGAGAAGGUAUGGCUUCGAUUGCGGUUGCGUCACUUGAGGCCGAGUUGGAGAAAAUCAAGUCGGAAAUAGUUGUGGUUCAAAUGCGGGAGAAAGAAGCUCGAGAAAAAAUGGCGGAGUUGCCUAAACUAUUACAGCAUGCGUCUCAAGAAGCGGAUUUGGCGAAAUCAGCUGUUAAUUCAGCUCGGGACCAGUUGAGGAAGGCGAAGGAGGAUGCGGAACAAGCUAAAGCUGGAGCUAAUACCAUUGAGAGCCGAUUGCUUGCAGCUCGGAAGGAAAUGGAGGCUUCGAAAGCUUCGGUGAAGCUGGCUAUAGCAGCUAUUAAAGCUCUUCAAGAGAGUGAAUCAACCAAAAGUGAUGCUAAUGAGGACGACUCGACUAACAGAGUCACACUUUCUUUAGAAGAGUACUACGAGUUGAGCAAACGGGCUCAUGAGAUGGAGGAGCACGCCAACAUGAAGGUAGCUGCCGCAAUGGCUCAAAUUGAGAUUGCUAAAGAAUCCGAGUUGAUAUCCUUGACCCAAUUGGAAGAAGCAAACAAAGAGUUGAACGGGAAAAAGGAAGCUCUGAGAAUCGCUACGGAAAAGGCUGACAAGGCUAAAGAAGGGAAACUAGGCGUAGAACAGGAGUUGAGGAAAUGGAGGGCUGAGCAUGAACAACGGCGUAAGGCUGAAUUAAGCCAAAGUGCUGCUAAUAGCCCAAGUAAAGGCAUCGACAAGUUAUCCGAUGCGUACAUGUUUGGACAAGGAACUAAAUUCGAUAGGGUUGCAGAUUCUUCUUCCGCUCCUGCUCAGUAUGGACACGGGCUUGGAUUGAAGAACGCGGAGACUUCCCAUGAGUCAGGAAGCCCGAACGAUAAUGAAAGAAGUCCUCGGGCAACAUUUGGGGCAAGUAACACCUUGAAGAAAAAGCGGAGAUCUCUUUUUCCGAGGUUCUUUAUGUUCUUUACUAAGAGAAAAUCGCCGUCCAAGACAUCAUAAGCUCCUUUUGCCACAAAGUUCUCUUCUAAAGCAUUGUUAACAGUUUAUAUGUUGUACAUGGUUAUGGAUUUUGUAUUUCUGUUUAUACCUUUUAUCUCAAAUUUCUAUGUACUUGUAAAUUUAAAAACUCGAGAGAUUUUCAAGGCACAUAGUACGCCUAUUUUCGGAGAUUGUUAUAGUAGAAGUCGAGGGAGGUGUAAGCCGGUAAUGUAUAUACUUCUAUGAAACUUCUGAAAGCAACUCCAUUGGAAUAGGAGUUUGGAUUGUUGUUGGUGAGUGAAAAAUAUGUAAGUUAUGUACUUGAAAGUUGAAGUGUAAUGAUAAUCUCUUCUAUUUUAUGUGAAAAUGAUUAAAUUAUAC